AUGGCGGGCUGCUUUCAGCAUUGGCCAGUAACACAACUGAAGACAGAGUUGAGAAAACGGAGUGCUGCAACCCAUGGCAGAAAGACUGAUUUAGUUGAAAGAUUAAAGGCCUAUGAAAGAAAUAGGAACUUUAGGCAUUCUGCAUUGGCGAUUCCUGAUGCCAUUGAUGUGUUUUGGCCAGUAGUUGGCUUCCAGCAGUUGGUCAAAGAUCACAAGAUCAUCCUACCAAAACUAACACACCUGCAGAUAGAGGAGUACUUUUUGUACAGACUGGCAGGAGACAAACAAGCCACAUCUGAUGUGAAGGCCCUACAGAAAGGAGGCGACAUGUUGGCAGGAAACAGAAUCUUAGCAUGUUCCCUAUUGAAAAAAAAUGGACAUAUUUUCCUUACUGGAAUUGUUGGUGCUGCCAUGAAGAACAAGGUAUCGUACAACUAUAAGAUUAGCCUCGAGGAGACGAGUGGGGAUCCUGUUAAUUCAGCGUGUGAAUGUCCAGCUGGCAAAGGACCACAUGGUACAUGCAAGCACAUAGCUUCAGUGCUUCUCAUGCUUGAACAUUUUAUUUCAAAUGGUACCCUACAAGUACAAAAGUCCUGUACAGAAAACCUGCAGAGCUUUCACAAGCCAAAGUCCAUCUAUGAUGGUAAACCUGUUCCUGUGGAAGACAUGCCAACGAAACGGAAAUUUAAUGAAGAUCUUUUGGAAGAUCCUCGUCCCCACAAAUAUCGCAAUAAUGAUGGCUACCCCGACUUUGUGAGGAACAUGAUGGUUAAUCACUGUGCUCAACAUUCACAGGACAUGGCUAUGAGAUUUCUUCACCCAUCUGCUGAUAUACAGGCAGCAGCUUUGGAUCAUGACUAUCUACCACUUCCCUUCACAGAGUACUUAGUUGACAAAGCAACAAAGGUUACUGAAGAAGAUGCUUUAGAUCUGGAGACGAGCACUAAAUGUCAAGCAAAAUGCAAGAAAUGGGUGGAAGAAAGAAAGUGGAGAGUGACCGCAUCUAGGUUUGGAGAUAUUACACAUGCAACAUGUAGAAGGAAUAUGGAAAAGCUGUGUGAGAGUCUUCUCUCAUCUAGAGUACUUCAUACGAAAGCAACGGAACAUGGUAAAAACUAUGAAAAGAAGGCAGUAAUUAAGUUUGAAAACAUUAUGAUGUUAAAGGUGGAAAGGGCAGGACUUUUUGUGGACCCACAAUACCCAUAUCUUGGUGCUUCACCAGAUGGAAUUAUAGAUAAAGAUGGCAUCCUGGAAAUUAAGUGUCCAUAUGCAGGUCGCACAUCACCUAUCUUGCCAGGGAAAAUGUUUCCAUUCCUUCAAUAUGAUGACAACAAACAUAUUUGUUUAAACAUGCAUUCUAAGUAUUAUGACCAAAUUCAAGGACAGAUGCUGCUUUCUAAAAGGAAGUACUGCUAUUUUGUUGUUUUUACUUUUGUAGACCUGUUUGUUCAGAAGAUAGCAUUUGAUGCAGACUACUGUAAAUUCAGUCUAUUACCCAAACUACACCUAUUUUAUGUGAAGCACUUCAGGUCUUACAUUGCAUCCCAUAUGUAAUAUGUACCUGGGUAAAAGAAAACUGACAAUUUCAGAAAUGUGAUAAAUAUAUCAGACACAUAGUUCAAUAUCAAGACUACAUAUAUAUGUAUAUUUCCUUGGUUAAAGUAUGUAUCUGGAUACUUAAAAAUAUGUACUAGAUUACACUUUUAAUAUUUUACCUCAUCACUGUUUCAUACUGUACAUGUCAAUGGAUCAAGUCCCAAAAUGUUUCUGAAAUUCCAAAACAAUGUAGAUUUUCUACAAAAACUAGGAGUACCAGGUAUCUGUUAGCAUGAAUUUACAAAUAUAAUUCCCAAAGCAAAAUUGCCAAACUAUGCGACAACUUUAAAUAAAUUAGAUAUAUCUCAUCAUAUAUAAUGUUUCAUGAUUGUUGAUAAGAUCUCCUAGAUUCUAAAAAUAAUAUAUUUCUGUGUAUGGGAUACUGUCUUAGCUCAAGUAAGUUUAAUAAAUAUCUCCUCAUUGUAUUUAAUUCCAACUGGCUUGCCCUAAUCUAUUGCCUAUUUAAAUCGGAUGAGUGGUGGGCAUAGGGAUUUCUGAACAUUGCCUUUUUCAAUAUUUUUUGGAAAAUGGAUAGUAGUUUAUGUCAAGGAAGAAGAAAUAUGUAUCAGCUAUAGCUAUGCAUGUUUAUCUACCAAGGGUGCUCUGAAAUUUAGAAGUGAAAAACAAAUAUAUAUAAUUCUUGAUGCAAGUUUGAGUUUGCUAGCUGGCAGUGGUGUUCCUAUAAUUUUGUAUCUUUUAGCAAGUCCAAUAAUUCUUU